AAGCCCCACCCCCUGGGUCCACCCCGCUAGGCGCGUCCCAGAAAGACUUUUGUCCGCCUCCGGCCGCCUUCCAACGCCUGCCCGCUUCCGCCUUCGUCCACGUGGUCGGCUUCGGGGGCCCGCGGCGCCCCUGCCCCCUAUGGCUGGAAACAAGGUGCCACCAGCGCUGGCUUCACACCAAGACAGGAAGGUCCGAGGUGGCUGGGUCUGGGAGGAGACGGAGCAUCCUCCCAAGAGGAUCAAGGGCGGCGAGGAUGAAGAGCCUCCACGCAAGCUGCCAAAGCGCAAAAUUGUGCUGCUCAUGGCCUACUCGGGCAAGGGCUACCACGGCAUGCAGAGGAAUCUGGGGUCCUCCCAGUUCAGGACCAUCGAAGAUGACUUGGUGUCUGCCCUGGUCCAGGCAGGUUGUAUCCCUGAAAACCAUGGCACCGAUAUGAGGAAGAUGUCCUUCCAGCGAUGUGCUCGCACAGACAAGGGUGUGUCUGCAGCUGGGCAGGUAGUGUCCCUAAAGGUGUGGCUCAUUGAUGACAUUCUGGACAAGAUCAACAGCCACCUUCCCUCCCACAUUCGGAUUCUGGGAUUGAAGAGGGUCACAGGCGGGUUCAACUCCAAGAACAAGUGUGACGCCCGGACCUACUGCUACAUGCUGCCCACCUUUGCUUUUGCCCACAAGGACCGGGACGCGCAGGAUGAGAGCUACCGCCUGAGCGCGGAGACCUUGCAGCAGGUCAACCGGCUUCUGGCCUGCUACAGGGGCACCCACAACUUCCACAACUUCACCUCGCAGAAGGGGCCGAGAGAGCCCAGCGCACGCCGCUACAUCCUGGAGAUGCACUGCGGGGAGCCCUUCGUGCGUGAGGGCCUGGAGUUCGCUGUGAUCACGGUGAAGGGCCAGAGCUUCAUGAUGCACCAGAUCCGGAAGAUGGUGGGCCUGGCGGUGGCCAUCGUGAAGGGCUACGCCCCUGAGAGCGUGCUGGAGCGCAGCUGGGGCGAGGAGAAGGUGGACGUGCCCAAGGCCCCCGGGCUGGGCCUCGUCCUGGAGAGGGUGCACUUUGAGAAGUACAAUCAGCGCUUCGGCGGGGAUGGCCUGCACGAGCCCCUGGACUGGGCGCAGGAGGAGGGCAAGGUGGCUGCUUUCAAGGAGCAGCACAUCUAUCCCACCAUUGUCAGCACGGAGAGGGACGAGCGGUCCAUGGCCCAGUGGCUGAGCACUCUGCAGGUCCACAACUUCAGCGCCACUGCGCUUGGAGCCGCUGGCACGGCUGCCAAGGUCCCCAGUUCCUUGGAGGGCAGCGAAGGGGACGGAGACACUGACUGAGACUGUAGGUACUGCCGCUGCUGUGAGUGCUGAGGCUAUAAGCUCUGUGCGGG